AUGUUUGUACCCGGCCGAGACACAAACAAACGGGCACCGCUAGAUCUGAGGACAUCGCUCUGCAGAUGUUGUUUUUAUCGGCUUAAUGGACUGACAAAAUCUGAGAUGGUGCUGAAGGAUCUUCCCAGAGAGGCCCUGCUGCGGCCCCUGACUCGAAAUGAAGUCCUGGGGAUGAUGGUCAGGCUCACAAUCUUUGGAGCUGCUACUUACUACAGCAUCAAAUGGGUCCUGGAGGCAAUGGACCCAACUAGCAAGCAAAAGAAUCAGGCCAAGAAACGAGCAGAGCAGCUGAUGAAAAGGAUCGGUGUGGAAGGGGUCACCCUAACGGAGUACGAGAUGAACAUUGCCUGCCACCUUGUUGAUCCUCUAACAAUGAAGGUGACCUGGAGGGACAUUGCUGGUCUUGAUGAAAUUGUACAUGAGCUGCAAGACACAGUAAUCUUGCCCAUUCAGAAAAGACACUUACUGGCAGGAUCCAAGCUUUUUCAACCCCCUAAAGGGGUCUUGCUGUUCGGCCCUCCAGGCUGUGGGAAGACUAUGAUUGCUAAGGCCACAGCCCGAGCUUCUGGGUGUAAGUUUAUAAACCUCCAACCAUCUUCUCUGACGGAUAUGUGGUAUGGCGAGUCCCAGAAGCUCACCGCUGCGGUUUUCUCCCUGGCUGUCAAAAUCCAGCCCUGCAUUAUCUUUAUUGAUGAAAUUGAGUCAUUUUUAAGAAAUCGAUCCAGUCUUGACCACGAGGCCACAGCGAUGAUGAAAGCUCAGUUCAUGAGUCUCUGGGAUGGACUGGACACAUCCGCAGCAACUCAGGUUUUGGUCAUGGGUGCCACGAACCGGCCCCAAGAUGUGGAUCCAGCGAUUCUUCGGAGGAUGCCUACAACGUUUCAUGUGGGACUGCCAAAUGCAAGACAGCGACAAGAAAUCUUGUGUCUGGUUUUAGCGGGCGAAAAUUUGAGCAACGCGAUAAACCUGAAGGAGAUCGCCGAGAAGACGGAGGGGUACUCGGGCAGUGACCUCCGCGAGCUAUGCCGGGACGCCGCCAUGUACCGCGUGCGAGACUACGUACGAAAGGAGCAGAUGAGGCAGAUCGCACAGCAGCUUCUGGACGAUGACGAGGAAGAAGAAAAACCUGUGGACGAAGAGAGUUUGAGGCCAGUAACUCAACUCGACUUGCUCUUUGGACUGGACAAGAUGAAGGAAUCCAAACGAGCCACUGUCAUCAUGUCGCCUUGUGCUGCGGACGUGCCACUGGACUGA